CCGCCAAUGAUGACGUUUCAGCACGAGCUCAACCUCCUCAGCUGUUUGGUUCGGCGACAACAAUCCCGCAGAAGUCACAAAUGUUUAGAAAAAUGUUUUAAUGGGAGCUUCUCUCUCAAAUCACCCAACGUUAAAUAAUAGUAAACCGGAAGUCCGGCACUGGAAAGGGGAGUGAAAGUUCAAUGAAAAGCUGUCGGUUGGAGCCGCGAGUGUGCUUGUGAUCAGUCAGGUGAUGGCCCCCACGCCAAUGAAGCUGCGUGUACGCCGCUGUGGCACCAACAAUGGCGGCAGUGGCAGUGGGCAGCAGGAGGAAGACCAGAGGAGCCGAAGGAGCAGCAGUAGAAAUCGCAGGAAGAAGAAGACCAACAACACUCGGAGUAUGCAGGCUGCCGUGUCUUCUCCUCCCGCCUCCUCUUCCACGACCCAAGCCCCUCUGGCGUCGGAGGAGGCAUCGCCCGACUCAAAGUGUCCCAUUUGCCUGGACCGCUUUAACAACAUGGCGUACUUGGACCGCUGUUUGCACCGGUUCUGCUUCCCAUGCAUUCAGGAGUGGUCACACAACAAGGCCGAAUGUCCGCUGUGCAAGCAACCUUUCGCCUCCAUCUUGCACUCGGUGCGAGGCCAUGAUGACUUCAAAGAGUACACGCUGCGCCCAGUCCCGCCGAGCGGCAGUGUCGCAGCCACGGUGGCCAUGGUGGCGGCCAUGGCGUCAGCAGCAAGGAAUGACCAACAGAUGAGGCUCCUGCUGAGGAGGCACAGAGUCGCCGAUGGCACCGAAAGCACCGCCAGGAGGCGCAGGAGGGAGGAGGAACGUGGGGUGUGGGAGUGGUAUCUGGAUGUCCCACCUCUGUCUCUCUCUCCUCAUGAUGCAGACGCCGAUGGCGAGCAGCGCCUGCGGGGUUCAGCCAACCUGGUGGAGCACGGUGUCAUAUUUGAAGGCCUGUCGGGCUUGGGGGGUCCUGGAGCGGGGUCUCGCCCGAAUGACCGGGCAUCACGGCGGCUCAUGACCCGAUUGUCGGCACGGCUACGUCUUCAGCGAGAAGGUGGAGUCCUGCGACGCCUCAGGGAGCGGGAGGCAGUGGCCUUCCGCCGCGCCCUCUACCGCUGCAGCAUACGUGUACACGGUGUGGCUGGCAUCGGUAGGACCGAGGGGCAGCGCGAUAUUACGGUUGAGAGCUUCCGACGGGACCCCGCCCAACUGAACAGACUACGCCCCUGGCUGCGCCGGGAGCUCACGGUUCUGUACGGUGCACACAGCUCACUCGUGGACUUUGUCCAGAACAUCAUCAUGGCAAGACUGGCUCGCCAUGGCUUGGAGGACACGCCCACCAUCGAGGAAGAGCUGCGACCAUUUCUGUUGUCCAGAACAGAGCACUUCCUCCACGAGCUGGUGAGUUUUGCCCGCUCGCCACUCACCCUGGACAGCUAUGACCUGCAGGCCGUGUAUGAGCCGCCACCUGGUGCCAUGGAGCUGGACGCAUCGAGUGGCGGCUCGGCCAACAGCUCCAUCAUUGCCAUCUCUGAAGGAGAGGAGGCUGACGAGGGUAACCAUCAUGAUGAUGUCCUCCCAGAAAGAAGUUGUCUCAGCCUGUCAGCCUGGGACGACGAGACUCCGGGCCCCUCCUACUCCACCGCAGAAGCUUUAAGCCCCGGCCCACAGGAGGCGGCCAAUGAGGAGGAGGGCGAGUGCAUGAUUGUAGGAUACAAGAAACCGAUGGCCGAGCGCACUCCUGAACUCGUACAGCUGUCAUCUGACACAGAAGGGGAGGAGCCUCAGAAGACUUCGCCCCUGUCCUCACUUCCCACGAUUCCUCCCUCCACCUCGGCCGCAAUCAAGGCUAAAGACAUCGAGAUGGCCGAAGCGUGCUUUUCGGGCUCAGGCAGCUCAGUGUGCACGCUGAGUCCAUCGCCUCCCGCUGCUGACUCCACCAGGAGAAGGAGGAGGAAGAGGAGAGGACGAGGUCCAAGCGGCAUCUCAGCCAAUCCCAAUCGCUGCAUUUAUCCUGCCAUGAUGUGCUCCCCUUUGCGUUCCAGCCUCGAAUCCACGUCCCCGCUCCCUGCUAGUGUGGCGGACUCUGCUUCAGAAUACUGCUCCUCGCAGGACUCCUGUCUCACCACUUCCUCCUCUUCCUCCCCCUGCUCCUCACCAAUGCCGACAUCGCCUCUCACGCCGUCAUGCUCCCAUAGAGAAAAGCCCGGAGGGAAGAGGAAGUACAAGAGCCGGCACCUUGACCGCCAGACCGACCCCAGCUGGAAGCCGCGAGGGAGGAGGAGUAAAAGAAGGAGGCGUGGCAGAUCAGAGAUUAGUAGCAGACGCAGUCCCAGCGUGGAGAUAGUCUAUGAGGGCACCGCCCCCACUGGUGCCACCCACAAACGCUACCACAAGACGCAGCAGCACAACAGACCGCCGCCCAUCAUCACACUGGACAGCGACAGCAGUCCACCAAGCGGCCAGCACGACAACUCCGAACAUCUUCCACCUCUCUCAUUGGUGCACUUGGCCAGUUUAGGCACCACCACCACCGCUGCUGACAUCGGAGAACUUCCUGUAGAUAUCCUAGACGGAGGAUCGGACCGGUCUGAGGAACCAUCCUUUCAUGAAGGUUCUACGGACGUUAAUGAUGGGUGUGGCAAAGAAGGACAACCUGUUACUGACACAGGAGGACCGAUUGGGGAGCCAGUUUCAAAACAAACAAAUGCGGCCUUUUGCAACACCACAGAUGACCUCCCUGUGACCUCAAUGAACACCUUUGGGGGUCACAACCAGGAGAGGCCUCCUUCGCUUCAUUUGCCAGAGCCUGCAUCCUUUUCCUCACCACCGCCUCUCAGACGCGCCCCUCCCCGCAAGGACGUGGCGCCCCCACUUGUUGGGACAGAGGACAGUGUUUCCGUCCAGUUCUCCGCUGACCUUUCACCCCCUCCCAUGAGUCUGACAGACGUCUUCUCACAUCUCAACUACCUCCACGAAGGUCGCAGUGGUGCUCAUGACGGCGACCUUGACUCUUCCAGUUCAUUUCCUGUGAACGGCGCAGCUGCAGGAAGUGACCUCAGCGCCUCGCCUGCCCCCCCGUCCCUCUUUGACUCCCACUGCUUGUCACCACCCAGCCCCUCGGCGACCCCUCCCACCACAUCAGCCGCCUGUCAUGUCAGCACAACAUGUGACCUCUGACCCCAAGGCUCACAACCGAGUGUGCCAACCCUCUGACUUUGUCACAAGUCUUGUUUCCCCUCGACCAGGGGUGUCCAAAGUGCGGACCGCUCGUUUUUUAUUAGCCCAUUGAACAUUGUAGGAAUGAAAUUAAACAAUAACAAACAGCAAGCAGUUGAAAAAUAGAAGAAAACAGGAGGAAACGCUGAAGUGUUCAUGCUAAUGACACAAAUAUGUACAUAUGUUUUUUUAGAUUACUACAUUUUAAAAAAUGUCAUAGUGGGCCCCCUCAGUAUGCGAACCUCGGUGGAGAACGUUUGGACACCCUUGCCCUAGGCCAGGGGUUGUCAGCUGGCGCCCCCUGUCAGCUGGCGCUCCAUCCAGGCCCCCCAUAGUAAAAUGACUGAGUUCAGGAUAGAGUCCUGUGUUAUUAAGUAAAACCUUUCGGAAUGUUACAACACGUUGUAUGGUUUUCUGAAGUAUAUAAAAAAUAUACUUUUAUGAAGUUUUAGGGUUAUUAGGCAUGGGUGGCACUGAAUCUGUUGUGGGUGGGUAAUUUUAUUGUGAAAAUCUGAGCGCCCAUUUCCUUUAACUUGACGUACCUCACUUUACAGCCCAUAACAAGCGCAGAUGGCAUUCACUGUGACGUCAUGGAGGAAUAUAAGGGGGAAGUGGCAGGCAAUAUUAUUUGUAGAUAAGUAAUUAUUGCAUUUUGUACCCUUUUAAUGCUAAUGCUAUUUGAUGUCAUGUUGUAUUUCCUCCAUCGAUCAUUAUGAUAAUUUGAUAACUCAUUUAAUAUGAGUUUUAAAGUGAUGUGCAGAUAUUUGUUACAUUGAUUGUAUGCAAGACAAGCAGGUUAGGUUAAUUUGAACACACAAUGAAUUGUGUGUGUGAGUCAUGUUUUGUGCAUACUCAAUCUUCAUAAAUUAAAUCCCUGAUUGACAGGUGGGGCGGAUCUGGAUCUGUAAACUUGGACAUGUGCAAGACUGAGCUUUCGUGGCUUGCUGCAGUACAGGUAAUAAUUAUUUUUGUUUUUUUUAACCUUACCAUGGCCCUCUGUGUGUAACAAGGACAAUUUUAUCAUUUGGACAAAAUUAGCUGAUGACACCUACCCUAGGAUGACAAUUUUAGGGGGCAAAAUUAGGGCUCUUCCAAUGGAAAUACCUCUUUGAGGGUACACGUAACCCGAGUUUUAUUGAAAUGUUUGUGAUGAUAAUGUGUUGGAUUGAGGCUUUUUCUUUAUUUAAACAUUCCAAGAGUUUAUUGAGCCACUGCUUGGCGUCCGGUUGCCAUGAUGACGUCCCCACUGGAUUUUGUCCUGCAGUUAUCUGCAAUGUUUGUUGCCUGCCACUAGAUGGCGCAUUAAGGCAGGUUGU